GCCCGACGGAGGAGCAGAGAGCGCAGUUAUCGGCUGCAGGUCUCUGGGAGAGGAACGCGCAGUGGCUGAGGAAACAACACGUAGAGCCUGUUUCUAUUCUGGCUCCGCUGCAGAAAAGUGCGAGAUCUUUUACGCCCCCUCCCUCCCCUCCCACCACCUCCUUCCCCUUGUUGUUUGUUUUUAUUUAUUUGUUUUUUUUUAUGUGUUUUCAUCCGACUGGCUUUUUUUUUUCAUGGUCCAGAGGAAUACAACCCGCAUUAGAGAAUCAAUCUGAAAAGGACAGACCGACCCGCUCAGCCCCCCCGCACCCCCGUUCCCACACCCCAGUGAUGCUUAGCCGCUUUUCCCCAGAGGCCCACCUUGGCAGUUAGAGGAGAGGUCAUCACCAUGACAGCGUCCUCACAGGACUCCAACCCCUCGUUUCUGGCUGGCCUCUUCCUCCUCCUCUUCCACCUCCUCCUCUUCCCAGCUGUUUGCACGCAGAACUCGGCGGUCCCGACGAGCCCGACCACGCCUUUGUUCGACCCGCUCACCCAGCCUGAGUGCACAAAGAAAGAACAUCCAAAGGUUUCCAUCCAAGCGCUCAGCCCGUGGAUCUCCGCGUUCUCCCACCCCAGCGUGAGAGACUACUCGCAGCUCACCCUCGACCUGACUAGGGAUGAGCUUAUUGUGGGUGCCAGAAACUACCUUUUCAGACUGGAUCUCCGUAACCUCUCUCUAAUACAGGCGACAGAGUGGGCACCGGAUGAAGAAACCAGGAAGUCGUGUCAGAGCAAAGGCAAAACAGAGAUGGAAUGCCAGAAUUACAUCAGAGUCCUGCUGGUGAACAAGACAGAGGUCAUGACCUGCGGGACUAAUGCUUUCCAGCCGCUAUGCAUCAGUAGAGAGGUGGGCAACAUCAGCAGAGUGGUGGAGCGCGUAAACGGCGUGGCGCGCUGCCCGUACGACCCUCGCCACAACUCCACGGCGGUGGUAACCGAAAGCGGGGAGCUCUACGCCGCCACCGUCAUCGACUUCUCGGGUCGCGACCCCGUCAUCUACAGGAGCCUGGGCGGCAUGCCGCCGCUGCGCACUGCCCAGUACAACUCCAAGUGGCUGAACGAGCCCCACUUCAUCUCCGCCUACGACAUCGGCCUCUUCACCUUCUUCUUCCUGAGGGAGAACGCGGUGGAGCACGACUGCGGCAAGACGGUGUACUCCCGCGUGGCCCGGGUGUGCAAGAACGACAUCGGCGGGCGCUUCCUCCUGGAGGACACCUGGACCACGUUCAUGAAGGCGCGGCUCAACUGCUCCCGGUCCGGAGAGAUUCCCUUCUACUACAACGAGCUGCAGAGCACCUUCUACCUCCCGGAGCAAGACCUCAUCUACGGCAUCUUCACCACCAAUGUCAACAGCAUCGCAGCCUCCGCAGUGUGUGCCUUCAACCUGAGCGCCAUCACCCAAACCUUCAACGGGCCCUUCCGCUCCCAGGAGAAUCCCCGCUCCACCUGGCUCCCCACACCCAACCCCAUCCACAACUUCCAGUGUGGCACUAUAAAUGACAAAGGUCCCAAUGAGGGUUUGACGGAGCGCAGCCUUCAGGACGCGCAGCGGCUGUACCUGAUGAACGACGUGGUGCAGCCAGAGUCCGUGGAUCCUCUCGUCAUGCAGGACGACGUCCGCUUCUCAAACCUGGUUGUGGACAUCGUCCAGGGCAUGGACACCCUUUUCCACGUCAUGUACAUCAGCACAGAAUAUGGCACCAUCCUGAAGGCUCUGGCCACGCCCAACAAAAACCUGCAGGGUUGUUACCUGGAGGAGAUGGAGCUCCAUCGGACCGGUGUCCGAGAGCCAAUCCUGAGCCUUCAGAUCCUGCACAGCGACAGGUCGCUCUUCGUUGGCCUCAAAGACAGAGUCCUGAAGAUUCCUCUCGAGAGGUGUUCCUCCUACAAAACCGAGACGCUAUGCUUGGAGGCCAGGGACCCCUACUGCGGCUGGGACUUCAGGCAGCGCAGAUGCACAACGCUGGAGGAAAGCUCCAACAUGAGCCAGUGGAAACAGAACAUCACCGUUUGUCCGCUGCGGAACCAGACCAUAGAUGGCGGCUUCGGGUCCUGGACUCCGUGGCACCCCUGCAGCAACGAGGAUGCGCUGGACGGCAUGAGCUCCUGUUUGUGUCGCUCCAGAUCAUGCGACAGCCCUGCCCCUCGGUGCGGGGGCAAAACCUGUGAAGGGCCAACCAUCGAAGUCUCAAACUGCUCCAGAAAUGGAGGCUGGACACCGUGGUCGUCGUGGGGACAGUGCAGCACGACCUGCGGCACAGGCUUUGAGCUGCGCCAGCGCUCGUGUAACAACCCGUCACCCCGGCACGGUGGACGCGUGUGCGUGGGGCCCACCAGGGAUGAACGGUUCUGCAAUGAGGGCGUAUCAUGUCCUCAGCCCAUUUUUUGGACGCCGUGGGCCUCGUGGACCAAGUGCAGCACAGAGUGCGGUGGAGGCAUCCAUUCCAGGGUCAGGUCCUGUGAGAAUGGCAACACCUGUCCAGGAUGUGCACUGGAGUACAAGGCCUGCAACCUGGAGGCAUGUCCAGAGGUGAAGAGGAACACUCCCUGGACGCCCUGGAUGCCCGUCAACGUGACCCAGGGCGGAGCCCGUCAGGAGCAGAGGACGCGCUACAUGUGCCGGGCCCACCUGGCCGACCCCCACGAGCUGCAGAUCGGACGGAGGAAGGUGGAGACGCGCUUCUGUCCAAAUGACGGGACGGUGGUCUGCGAUACGGAUAGCCUGGUGGAGGAGUUGCUAAAAACGCCAGUGGUGAGAACGGCAGCGACGAGCUGGUCGUCAUGGGAGACCUGGUCCAGCUGCUCUCAGAGUUGUGCCAAAGGUUACCGCACCCGUCGGCGGACGUGUUCCGGACCGGAGGGGAAGAGCGCCCCCGUGGCAUGCCGUGGCUCCCCUGUGGAAUACCAGGACUGUAAUGUGCAGGCAUGUCCCGUGAAAGGUGCUUGGUCCUGCUGGUCUCCCUGGUCUCAGUGCUCAGUGGGCUGCGGUAGCGGCCACUACCAGCGGACCCGCUCCUGUAGCAGCCCCGCCCCCGCCAACGGAGGAGACAUUUGCAUCGGCCUGCACACCGAGGAGGCCCUGUGCAACACACACACUUGUGACGGCGGAUGGAUGGCCUGGUCUCUGUGGUCAGCCUGCGAUGACUCUGGCUUCCAAACCAGGAGUCGGGUAUGCGGCGCUCCGGGGAGCGCCCCCUGUGUGGGGAACAGCACCCAGCGCAGGGACUGCAAUGAAAUCCCCGUCAUUCUCCCGGCGUCUGGUUUUGAUAAGGACCAACAAUGCGGAGCCUUCACCUCCAUCCACCUAAUCGCCACCGGCGUUUCCUGCUUCCUGGGAGCGGGGCUGCUGUCCUUCCUCAUCUACGUUUACUGCCAACGGUUCCACAAGCCCUCGCAGGAGUCCGCCGUCAUUCACCCGACCACGCCGAACCACCUCAACUACAAAGGCAACACCACACCAAAGAACGAGAAGUACACACCCAUGGAGUUUAAGACACUGAACAAGAACAACCUGCUGCCAGACGAAAGAUCCAACUUCUACCCGACGCCGCUACAGCAGACCAACGUCUACACAACCACCUACUAUCCCACGCCACUCGGCAAGUUUGACUACCAACCCAACUCCUCCCCCUCACCAUGCAGAACCUACAACAACAGUAACAACAGCUGAGACGCAGCCCGCCGAUGACCCUCCACUACCCGUGUCCCGCUCUCUCCCCUCAGCCCCAAAUGGACACCGGUACCAUGGUGACAUAAGUGAACCAAUGCAAACAGAAAUGUUGUUCAGCGCUUGGCAACGUUUCUGUGCUCUACGCCGUCACCUCCCUGAACCCGUAGUCUCUUCUGCCUGGUGGCGUUUGUGUUUUCAGGGUUGUUUUUGGAACUUCCCAUCGAGAGACGUGGAUUCGGACUACAAAAGCCCGGCUCCUGGUGAAGUCAAGAACUUAUGCAACCAGUCUGGGGGGGGCGUGUGUUUUUGUAAGGAAUCUGUCGGGGAUGUCGCUGUGUCAACGCCAGCGCUUUAUGUGGGGAACAAGUGAAAAGAAAGUCAACAAAAGGCCGAACUCUGGCUUUGGGGAGAUUGUCGCGACCGCUUCGGUGCAGGUGCCGGGUCGACGACCCCCGUCUCCAAACACCGAUGGGGCAACAACAAAAAAAGUAAACUUUUUUACAGGAUAAACAUCUUUUUACAUCUUUUUGAUUUUUGGCUCUCCAUUACAAACAACGUUCUUGGCCUGUAAUGAACUUGAGUCCCUCAACCACAAAAGCAGUUUCGGAGAACAAUGGGCACACGUGUUCCUCGUCCGCGCCGCACAGCGCAGGGCGAGGCAACGACAGCAAAAGAGAAAACUGAAUGAAGCCGAUGACAAAAUAAAUUACAGAUCGAUAUCAGCGCGGUGGAGUGGGAGAGGAAAUGCGCUCGCUCUCUCGUCCUCCCCGUUGUUGGUAUUUUCACGUGACGGGAAAGAUAAGAAGUUUAAAGUUGAUUAAGCUUUUGUGAGGCUGUUUGGGAAAACUCACACAAAGCACCGUCACCCACAGCUGGAGAGAAUUAUUGUCUAAAUCUGCUUUCCAUCAAAGUCCCCGUCCCGUUUUGGAAGACGAGGAGGUGCUUGUAUGAAGGUCAUAGCCGGGAAUUUGGUGGGGCUGUUCGGAACUGCAAAAGCUUUGGGAAUGCCGCGGGUGCCUGGGGUGAAUUUUGUUCCCAUUUCUGUUUUGUUUUGUUUUUCUCCUCUCUUUUUGUUUCAUCCGAGAACUACGAGGACUCCCGAAGACGAGGAUUGAUUGAUUCUCCAAUUAAUUCUCCACUGAAUGAAUGCAAUUCUACUGAGUGCUAAAUAGUUCAGUGGUCAUAUCAAAUAUGGCCAGUGUGCUGAAGAACUGGAUCGGGGUUUUUUGUUGCUAUUUUUUCUAUGACGGUAGAAUAAGCUAGCAGACUGGCACUUGUUCUUUUCUAAAUGUUUCGUUUUUACGGCGGUUUUCUGUUCACAACGACCUGUAGCAUAGAAGGAGAAUAUUUUGUUAAAUAAGAAUAUAACUGAUUAAUAAUUCUUGCUUCUCUAAUUUCAUUUUCGUAACAAAUGCAUCAUCACCACGUGAAAUGUUACAAAAAUAAAACAAUGGAUUUUAAAGUCUCCUUUUUUGGGGGUUUCUUUUAUAUGAAUACUAACGAAACCAAUUCCUUUCACCCCCUACUUGAAAUUAGAAAAGAUAAAAAUAAAAAAUAAAAAAUAAAAAAAACUUAUGCUUGCUUAGAAGAAAAUGAAUGUGUGAAAGUGGGAACUGUUAGCGUGGAAAGAGAAAAAAAUACAACAAAAAAGGAAAACUAUAGGGUUGCUUUGUUUUGUACCAUGUAAAUGCUUUCAUACAUAUGAGGCGGUUUUUAUCUGUGUGUGUGUUUCCAAAUUCUGUCACUCUUCAGAUGUUCAGCUUGUUUUUUUCUGUUUCGCGUCCGAGAUGUUAAUCGUAAGUCAAGCGUUGCGCCUCUUGGUGGAAUGUACAUUAUUUAUAGCUUGGUUUGUAAAAGGGCAUUUUCACUGAUCAAAGAAUGCUAACUCGGCCAGGCUAACUCAAGUUCAAGCUAAUGUACAUGCAUGACAUGAGAGCUCUCUCUGUAUAUAGGAGCAUCAGCCUUCUGCCCAUUCAAUGUCCCUGAAGAGGAAUGUGUAAAUGACUCUGUAUAUUGUAUAGCUAACAUUUUGUUUAAAAAUAAAAAAAGAGAGAAGCCUUAUAGUUGUUUAAAGAAAAAAAAAAAAGUGCAGCAGCUAAGUACACAAUAAACCCUGCGGUUUGUUUGGGGUCGGAGCUCCGUGAUGUGACCUCCGCCUGCGGCUGACGCGACCUCCCCCAGCUGCCCAAACAAACGAGAUUGACUGGCUGUACCACUGACGGGAAUCAAAAACUAUAUGGAUCAAAUAAAAUAAGCUAACUGGAAACAAACGGAUCAUUUUGAUCGUUCUGAUUUUCUAUUGGCCCCGGUCUAAAAGCUCUACACGCGAUUGGUCGUUCUGAGCUCCGGCCCCCGGCAAUGUGAGGCUCUGUGCCCCUUCUAUGCAACUUACCAGGUGUACUGUUAGACCUGUCGUGUAGACUAUAAUCACUGCCUUUUAGACACUGUGAACUUUUUUGUACCCUAUAUUUUUGUAUAUUGUACAUGAUUAAGGACAAUAAACCUUGAUGCCAACACA